GUCAUUUCUUAGCCCAAGUGGCUGGGGAAGCUUUAGAUAAUGCUUUUGCUGUGGCUGCUACGUCACUGAGGGAUGCUAAUUGUAGACAAAAUUUACCUAGUAGUAGGUCUGAACAUGGUCGUGGUGGGCUUUUGCGAAGUACGAAAGACAUGGAUUUGAAUCACCAGCCCGUGAAGAAUAUUAGCCUUACUAAGAUCUGCAGUUGUGGUCUAACGAGUAGCCCUAGUAAGAAGAUGAGAACGCGACCUGGUCAUGGUGAACAAAAAACGCAACUAGCACAAGUUGCUGCUGUUAGCGGUCCACAAAAAAACUCUGCUUCGAAGAACACAAGUUUUGUCCCCUCAGUCUCCAGACCACAGCACCACCAGUCAGUUUCCAAAGAAGACCACUACGCACAAUUGCAAACAGAACUCACCUCUUUGCUCCAGCGAUUGCAAGAAUAUUUCGGCGAUAUCGCCCAGGAGAUCUCCCUGGAAUGCGCGGAGCAGUCUAACGUUUUGCGACGACUUCUUUGCACAUUUGCGGAGCUGUUUCACCUAUUGACUCUAGAGCGUGGCAAAGAGGAAACGGCACAGGUAAGGAGGGAGACUGCUUUGAUGUCCGAAUUGAGGGAGGUGGAAGAGUUCACGAAGAUUCAGGCAGAGAGGAAUCCAGAUAUAAUUGCGCAGAUCGAGUUGGUGCUGGCAAGCAAAUUUGAGGAAAGGCUGGAGAUUACGAGGAGAAGAUUUUUGCCAGUUUUUUUUCCUGUUACAGUGAGUGAGUUUGUUUUAUAACUUCUACGUGGUACUACUACUAAAGUCAUCAACAGGUGUGAGUUUGUUUUAUAUAUAACUUCUACGUGGUACUACUACUAGAGUCAUCAAUAGAAGGUGGUAUAUUUUUAGGUAAGUAGAUGCACAUGCAACAUGAUACACUUGCACCUCCGAUUUCCCUUCUAACUCCCAAAAAGAGCGUGAGGUUGCUGAGCUACGGCACAAAACACAGCAUGUGGACGACGCUUUCGAAGAUCUCAAAUACGAAGUGGACACUCUACUGCCGAAUUUCCGCAAAAAGUACCAUGAAGACGAAAAUCUGCUGGAUGAGCUUGAAGAUUUGAGGGAAAAUGCGGCAGACUGUGGCAGGCAGAGUCUAUCCUUCGAUCACUUCAGCAAUACUAAGGUGGUCCACAUCGCAGACGGCCAUGGUGGUGCCGGUACCUCUAGGGGACAAGCUUCGAAGAUGAAUCAAGGUGGUGGAAGUAUGCUGAGAGGAGGUGGUCAGGAUGAACAAGCGCAACAAAAUCCGGCUAGACUGAGUUAUGACGAGUAAAAAGAUCAUGAUAGCUGCUAGUGAACGGUGCUGUUGUAUCCUGACAUGUAGUUCUAAUCCUUCGGUCGUCGCACUCACACCUAUCAUAGGAUGUUUCAUCUGUAGUUCUAAUCCUUCGGCCGUCGCACUCACACCUCCGUCUCGCAGCAACAAAUCCGCAUGUCUCAUCGGAUUCUCAGAGACACGGAUCGUAAGAAAAAGAGCGUAGGUCGUCUAGACCUCUUCGGCGAUGAUGAUAAUUCUUGCCAAGAUGACGAUGCUGAUGGACCUCCUGACCUUGAAAGAGAGCUCUUUGACUUCUCUCCAGGAGGAGGAGCUUCUUGGGCCACAGGAGGACGAGCAAUGGGGAUGGGGAGUCAAAGUCUCUACGGUUCUUGGGCACGCGCCAGCAACUACUUCUCGCCUGCUAGGGGAAGUACAACUACUCCAGGGAGUGGAGGUCGUGGCAGUAGUAGCUUCGUACCUGGAGGUCCUCCAACCUCCAGUAUGGGUCUGAUGGGUGGCGGAUAUGGACGAUGGUCGACAAACAAUCGCAUGUCAGCGAGUAUUAUGGCAGGAUUGGCGGGAUUGGCAAUGUUGACUACAACUUCUAGUUGUAACUGUAAGUACUAACAUGAAGAUCAUAGGCGAUAGCGAUAGGUCAGAACAUAAGAUCUAGUGGACAGCAUCAUCUUGUUGUAUUCUCAUGUCCUCCCACCUCCAAGAGAAGAAGUGGUUAGACCAUCCACAGUCGCAAUAGCUCUAACACAAACACCUCCACCGCUGCCGCAAUGCGCGGCCGCUUUUCCACCAAUGCAGGACCUGAAGACAAUAUCGGCAGCCCUACUUCAGGAGGCACUACUACCCAAAGACAAGAGCAUGCCGAAGUUGCGAUAGGACUAGACAUUGAUCGCCUUGUGCGAAUUUGCCCUGCCGCUGAUCAAAAAGUCUACGAUUUGCUAUUCCGCGAAGACGUAGCAGCUCAAGAACGAGAGAUCGAAGUGCUAGAAGGGAGACUUCAAGAACUCAUGGCAUUAGAGGAGGACUUUUUUUCGAAAAAGAAUGAGGAAGACGCAGUGGAUAGAAGUGGUGAUCAUAUUCUUGAAGCCGAAGAAAAGGAUCAUCGGGGAAAGCGUGGGGAAAACGAUUCUAGCAGUGCAACUGCUGAAGAACAAGAUGAUAAUGACGAUGAAGAUAAAGACAAUCAUGAGGAUCAGGAUGAAGACGCGGUCGCGGGACGACCAGUGGACGCAACACCAAUAAAUGAUGUCAUGCAAGAGAAAGAAAAUCGAGGUGAAGAUCAUGAACUUGUGCAACAUGAUGCGAGGACUGGUAAAAAUAAAACUUCUAAAUCUGAAGUUGAUAGUAGGAAAACGUUGACAUCAGAUACAAACCUCCUAGACGAGGGGAUUUCAGCAACGAUAAGUACCAGGCGGACGCGGAUCACAACAGGAGAUGGAGAAGUGCUUCAUCUUUCCGCAGGAGGAGAUGUUGAUACAAGUGGUGGUGAGCGUGAACCUGGACAACAACAUGAAAUGAUGGCUAGUAGCCAAUCACGAGUAAAUCAUGCUUUUAGUACUGCAACUAGAAACAAAAAGAAGCCACAAAACUUAAGAGUAAGUUAUGCUGCAGCUGUUAUGUCAAGAUCAAGAAACAGUGAUGAAUCCAGUGUCGAGGAUGAACCACCUGACAAAACGGAUACAGGCCAGGAUACUAAGUGAAGUGUAAACAGUGGUAGCAAGAAGAAUAGAAGAGGAG